AUGAACUUAACUCCCGAAACUCCACUGCACACCGGUGCCGAUGAAGAACUCAAUAUUGAUGAAGUGAAUGAACUUGACGAUUCAGACGUUCAAGGAUUGAAUCUGGAGAGUGAAGCUGACACCAACGGAUCUUCUAGUAUAGCAAAUGACGGGCAAGAUUUAGGGAUGAAGCGUGAGAAUUCCGGUGACGAGGAUAUGGGAUACGACCAAAGAGACGAUUAUGUUCCCCGUGUUAAUAUAGGGUCGCCAUUUUCAUCCAACGUAGACGUCGCGCGACACUUCAACGCGGAUCAUGUGAAUCAGCGGAGACUCUCACUGGCACAGCAGUCCAAGUUUAUAGCCUACUGCGAUGAAAAACUGAUGGCAAUUCAAAGAAAGUUUGUACAAUCGAGGGGGUUGACGGAGGAAAACGGGUAUCGAGGGCUAGCUCCGCUCUUGGAUGAUCUCAAGGCCGUACUAGAUUUUGUCUGGUAUUCGGUAGAGGGUAUGUCUAAUACAGAAAAUCUCCUGGGAACGGACCUAGAUGCCAUGAGCGCAAAUCAAUUUUCAGGCACAAAAUCAACGAACAUUGGUCAAAUGUACUACUUGAUGCAAAUUGCAGACACAUUUCUGGAAUACUUGACAAAAUUCGACCUUGGUACACUGUCUGCAGAGGAACAACACAGGACGCUAUCGAAAGCAUUCAAAUUCUUGAUGAUAUUGGACAAAGUAUUUGCACGCUCACUUGAAGGUCUGAUACCUGGAAACACUAUCAUGAACGGUACUGAGAUGGUUAGAAUUGCUGGGAUCGCUGAGCGGACUAGGAUGACGCUUACUAGCUUUCUAGAAGAGCAAGGGGUUCACGGGUACCAUUACGAAGUCAGCAAAAUAUAUGAAGAGACGCUGGAGAGAUGCGCUUAA